UCUGUCUGUGCCUCAGUUCCCCAGUGAGACCAUUGAUAGAUUGUGAGGCGCUCAGAUGCCAUGGCGAUGGCAGCCAUGUCAUUACCUAAGAUGGAGAGCAUUGCAAAGGGUUUGUCUAUCUGGGCCAGCUGCAGUAUUGUUGGGGGAGUUAGGUGACUCCGCAGCGCUGAUGUUCCUUCAGAUGGUUUAUACGCUAGUUGGUCCGUUACAAGCUCUGUGGAACAGAAUCAGCCUCUCAGCCCACGCAGCCCCUCUGUUCUUCUCCCCACAGCAUGUGGGACGGCGGAGGUGGCCGACAUCUUGUUCCUGGUGGGUGAGUCCUGGAGCGUGGGGGAAGGGAACUUCCGGCUGAUCAAAGACUUCAUCUACAGUGUGGUCCUCUCCUUCGAGAACGUGGCAAUGGGCAGAGAGGGUGUUCGGCUGGGAGUGGCGCUCUACGCGGAGAAGCCAAGGAUGAGUAUCGAGUUGAUGGAUUACGUCACCAUCGAGGAGGUGCUGGUGGCCGUCAGGGAGCUCUCGUUCCAAGGGGGCAGUGUCAAAACAGGGGAUGCCCUGGCGUUUGUAGCCCAUGUGGUCUUCAGUCCGGCAGCAGCAAGAGGAGAUGCAGCAAAGAUCAUUGUUUUAAUCACAGAUGGGAAAUCUGCCGAUUCUGUUGAAGAUGCGGCCGUGGUUCUACAGGACAGAGGCGUGACAGUGUUUGCUGUGGGAAUUAAGAAUGCCGACAGGAACGAGCUGAGGAAACUAGCUUCCAAGCCCGCCGAGGAGCAUGUGCUUUACACUGAAGAUUUCCACUUGCUGGGUAACGUGUCCCCUAAGCUCUCCCGAAGGCUCUGUGUCACGGCCUCCGAGCCUCCGCGCCCCACCAGGCCGGCUAUGAACGUGGAGAAGAUCGUUGGUCCCCAGGAUUUACUUGUCAGCGAACAAAGUUACAGCUCUUUGAGGCUGACCUGGACUCCUGCCACGGGGAAUGUGAUGGAAUACCACGUCCUCCUGAAUUCACUUUCCGCUACCGGGCAGCUCAUUUCUGAGGACCAGCGGCAGAUUGUUUUGGAUGGCAACAAAAGCACCGUGCUGGUGUCAGAUCUGAAGCCUGACACGAACUAUUUCUUCACGGUCCUGGCGGUCUACAAGGAUACCCUCGGGGAGUCAACGUCCGUCAAAGGGAAGACGACGCCCGUCCCUCCAGUGACCAAUUUCCGGGUCAUAGAAGAAGGACUCUCUAGCCUCAAGGUAGCCUGGACUCCUCCCCUGGGGAAGCUUGAAGGCUACAAGAUCUACAUGCCCAGAUCAAACAGACCUGGAAUGACCUAUGGGCAGAUCCUGGGCGGCGACGUCACCUCUCACGUGCUUGGCAACUUGCAGGAGGAUAAAGAAUAUACUGUCAGUAUCUAUGCUGUGUACCGCCAGGGCCCGAGCCAACCGGUGUCUACUACAGGGAGAACAUUGAAGCUCCUGCCAGUGAAAAGCAUCUUGCUCCAGAAUGAGACGACUGACACCAUCCAGGCCAGGUGGACCUCAGUUAGGGGAGCAUCAGGAUACAGGCUCACCUGGGUGUCGGCAGAGGGCAGCGUUGAGACCCUGAACCUGGACGACACUUGUACUGACUACAUGAUCCCAGGGCUGCAGCCUGGGCUGGAAUACACCGUCACCGUCAACCCCAUCUUCGGGGACGUGGAGGGGCCUGUGGUGAGCAGCCGGGCAACCACUUUGGCGUCGAGCGCUGUGCAGACCCUGAAAGUGUCCGACGUAACAAUCAGCUCUGCCCUGCUCUCCUGGGAUUCAGUGGCUGGGGCCAGUGGGUACAGAUUGGCUUGGGGCCCUACUCCAGAAUUCUUCCACAAAGACCGACCGCGUCAGCUGGCUCUGAACAGCUCCACCACAGCCUACCAGCUCCGAAACCUGGCCCACGACAGCGAGUAUGUGAUUUCCCUCUAUGUGCUCUUUGGCUCGGCGGAGGGGCCUGGGAUCACUGCUUCAGCCAGAACGUCGCCUCUUGGCUACGUGUCCAAUUUCAAGGUAACUUCCUACACGAGCACAUCCAUCUCCCUUGCAUGGAGUGCCACAGCUGCAGCCACUGGAUACCGAAUCUCCUGGAGCCCAGGGGGAGCGGGCAGAGGAAGAGGAGUUGCCAAGAGCCAGUACCUGGGCAGCAAGGGGCUCGCUUAUCACAUUGACCAUUUGCUGCCUAAUACCCACUAUACACUUGGUGUUCGCGCUAUGUUCAACAAGUCCGAGGGACCAGAAGUGAUUCUCACGCACCGUACUGCCUCGCUCGCAGACUCAAACCCCAUCCAGACUGUCCGGGAUUUGCGGAUCGUCGACAUUGGAGUAAACAGCUUGAAGGUCUCCUGGAAAAGGACCCCGGGCGUAACACACUAUAAGAUAUCCUGGGUCCCAUUCAGUGGUGGCUUGGAAACCUCACAGAUUGUUCCAGCAGAGAUCAUAUUUUUCACAAUUACUAAGCUGCAGGAAAGCACUACGUACACCAUCCGUGUGUCUUCAAUGAUUCAGGAACGGGAGGGAAGCCCAGUGCUUCUGACUGCCAAAACACUGGGUUUGCCCAAAGUGACUCAGUUUGCAGUUCAGGAGAGCACGGAAAGCAGCGUUUUGUUGAGCUGGACGGGUGUUCCUGGGGCGUCGGCAUAUUUAUUAACAUGGCGCCUGGCAUCAGGGUCUGACCUUUCCUCUGAACUGUUGGGAGCAGCUUCUAGAUCGUAUCGAGUUACAGACCUGAAGCCAAGAGGGAUGUACUCGUUUUCAAUAAGGCCGCUCUAUGGAGAGGCGGAGGGGCCAGAGGCGGCCCUUACUGACCAGAUAGUGGGAUCUCGAGGGAAUCCUUCCACUCCUGCUCCUACCAUUACUUCUUUACUGCCUGCCACUACGAGCCCCCGAUCUGUGGGCUCUAGCCACGCAAGGGCCACUCCUCUUCCAUCAGCCGCCACCAUGACAUUAAGAAUGACCCCAGCAACCACAGUUGUGACAACUAAAGCGUCGCCACCAUUGACCACCCUCUCUGGGCCAAUCUGUGGCAAGUUCAAAGCGGACAUCGCGUUCCUGGUGGAUGAGUCUUCAAGCAUUGGCCAGAGCAAUUUCAAUAAAGUGAAGGACUUCCUCUUCCGGAUCGUCUCCUAUUUCCCCAGAAUUGGGCCCGAGGGAACACAGAUUGCUGUAGCUCAGUACAGCGAAGAGCCCAGGACUGAAUUCCACUUUAACCAGCACAAGGAUCGGAAUGGAGUUCUCAAAGCCCUCAAGGAGCUGCAGUACACUGGAGGCAAUACAAAGACGGGUCGUGGCUUAGGCUAUGCGCUAAAGGAGUUAUUUCAGUCCUCCAAAGGGAUGAGACCAACCGUGCCUCGUAUGCUGAUGCUAGUGACUGAUGGACAGUCCCAGGACGAUGUGUUGCCACCAGCCAGAGUGGCGCAUGCGUUAGGAAUCCGUGUCAUUGCCGUGGGGGUUUCCAGAGCUGACCCCCAAGAACUGAAGAGCAUCUUGUUACACCGCAACCUGCAGAAUGUUUUCUACAUCAGCACCUUUGAGGACUUUCCCCACAUCAUCCAGGAGGUGAUAGAAACCAUUUGCUCUGACUUGCCGCAUUUGGGAGCCCAACCGCAACCCGGGGAGGCUCUGAAAGGAGAGAAGGGCGAGAGAGGCCCACCCAGAGAAUUGAGCGUCACCGGUUUGCAGACUGCAGGCAGUUACGAUCCAUACAGCUUUGCUGUAAAGGGAGAGAAGGGAGAGAGGGGGCUGCCUGGGAAAGAUGGAAUUCCUGGACUGCCAGGUCGACCUGGGCGAGUGGGCCCUCCUGGCUCUCCUGGGCUGAUGGGGCUCCCUGGUAUCCAAGGUGAUCUCGGACCUCCUGGAUAUCCAGGGCCAGCGGGGCCAAAAGGAGACAGAGGGGAACCGGGCUACGUGCUGGGAGGGGUGGAAGUGAUCCCUGGCCGAAACGGACAACCAGGCUCUCCUGGGCAGAAAGGGCAGCCGGGAGUUCCUGGAGCAGCAGGACCGCCAGGGCCACAGGGACCGCCUGGGAUGUCUGUGAAGGGCGAGCCUGGAGACGCAGGUCGUAGAGGGCCUCGAGGGAAAAGCGGCGCCAAGGGCGACAAAGGAGAUGCGGGAGAGACCGGGAAAGCCGGUUUGCGUGGCCCCCUCGGGCCGGAUGGUGCUCCUGGAAUUCCCGGGCCAAGGGGAGAAAAGGGGGAGGCAGGGAUCGGCAUUCCAGGCACACCUGGCUUUAAGGGAGCAGAAGGAGGAAAGGGGGAAAUGGGACAACCCGGAGCACAAGGACAAAAGGGUGAACCAGGAUUGCCUGGAGGAGAAGGACUGACUGGCCCAAAGGGUAAAAAAGGCCAAGCAGGUGUCAAAGGGGAGAAGGGGGAACGUGGAGAAAUGGGACCGAAGGGACUUCAAGGAAUUGCUGGUCUUCCAGGAAUGGUGGGGCAGAAAGGAGACCAAGGAAGUCAGGGCUUUCCAGGUGCUCCGGCCAUGGGGGUUGUUGGACCUCCAGGCAAGAAGGGUGCCAGAGGGGAUAUUGGACCUGUCGGCCCCACAGGACCACAGGGAAACAAAGGGAAACAAGGAGAUAAAGGAGAGAAGGGAAGUCCAGGUUUUGGCAUUCCAGGGCAACCGGGAUUGAAGGGGGACAUGGGCGAAAGGGUGAGUGGGGGCCAUGCGAUGAAUGGGAACUGA